AUGACUUCAAGGUACGCUUCAGUUCAUCAGAUCGAGGCCCUUGGCGGACCAGGAGAUGCUCGACCUACCGCAUCCCAAAUCGUACAAGACCAACAACUCGUCGACAAGCUGAGCAACAAGGUGAUCCUAAUCACUGGGUGCUCUUCGGGCAUUGGAGUCGAGACUGCCCGAGCACUGUAUCUUACUGGAGCAACUCUCUAUCUUACGGCUCGCGAUACAGCCAAGGUUGAGGCUGCCCUGGGCGAUCUUAUUGAGAGCCCCCGUGUCCACGUUCUCCACCUGGACCUUGAUUCUCUGGGGUCCGUUCGCGCAUGUGCUGAAGAGUUCAAGUCCAAGACGGCGCGCCUUAAUAUUUUGAUCGAAAAUGCAGGCGUCAUGGCCUGCCCUGAAGGUCGUACAGCUGACGGCUUCGAAACUCAGUUUGGAACCAAUCACUUGGCUCACUUCCUGUUGUUUCAGCUACUCCGCCCUAUGCUUCUUGCUUCCUCUACUCCCGAAUUUAAUUCACGCGUGGUUAUUGUUGCAUCUAGCGCUCACUAUGUUAGUGAUGUGCAUUUUGACAACCUUAGCCUGGAAAACGAGUACGAUCCAUGGAAAGCGUACGGCCAGAGCAAGACUGCCAAUAUCUGGACAGCAAACGAAAUUGAAAGAAGGUACCAUUCAAAGGGUCUUCAUGCCUUCAGCCUUCACCCUGGAGCUAUCGCCACGGAUCUGCUGCGGCACGUUGACGACGACGUGAAGAACGGGUGGCAGCAAAAUAAGUAUUUGGAUACUUACUGGAAGAGCCCUGAGCAAGGCGCAGCGACAAGCGUAUGGGCCGCUCUGGCCAAAGAGUUGGAGGGAAAGGGUGGAUUGUAUUUAGACGAUUGUCAGAUUGCUGGCGCGCACGACGCAAGCAAGACUGGUCCUCAAGGUCCUGGAUACAAGCCAUGGGCGUAUAACCCGGAGGGUGAGACUAAACUCUGGAAGAUGUCUCUGGAGUUGUUGAAUUUGUCCGAUGAUUAA